AUGUCUACCUUUUCUGCAACAACUAUUUCGAAACAUAAUGACGAAGAGAAAAGAAGGAAGAAGAUAUUUAAGAUACCCAAAUUUUUGAAGUUCUUCGGAAAGAGUGGUUCAGCUUCCAACCCUCCUGAGGCACUAAAUCCGACUAUGAAUGUAAUUUCCAAUCCACCUGAAACAGUUGAGUCCCUUCGCAAAUAUGAAAAAAGAUCAGGACAAGAUCAAAAGUUUCUGGAUCGUGUGGGCCAGAACUUCAGGUGGCCUGCUUCAAUGAAUGAGAACGACAGAGACACGGCAUUCAUUUAUUUGACUGACGAAUAUGCCCUGGAAUUUGAUGACGAAGCAGGGCUCAACCUUAUCUUCUUCUUUGACAAUAUCGAUAAAGGAACAUUUGAUGAGCAUAAGGACGACUGGGUGUUGGUGUAUAAACUAGAAGUGAAGAAAUACGGAUCAGAAUAUACGAGCAAGGAAUUAGUUGACCUCGAAGAAAAAAUGCCUGGCGCGAUAUAUUUACCAGUUGAUAUUUUGCGUCAUAAUAAUGCUACGAAACCUCCACCAGAAAGAACAGUGUCUGCUCAUCGCGCUAAUCAGGAACACAUGAUUAGAGUAAAGGUUAGAAGGUUAGGAACCACAAAGACAGUUACACUCGAGCUUAAUUUUAAUGAUCCCGCCGAAGGUGGUAAACUUUAUAAGACUGUAAUUGCUUCAGGUACGCAAGAAACGACCCUUCCUUACCAUGUUCGUCGUGUGCUUGGAAGAACGGGAUGGCAAAUUAGAAAAAUCCAAGCAAACGGAUAUGGAUACCCUGCUUAUGUUUAUUAUGCAACCACAGCAUUUGAAAUUGCUAUCGGAGAUAAUAACGGAUGGAGUAAGUGGGUGAAUACAAAUACACUCAGAGUUUGGCAGUCGGAACCCGGUGAUCACAUAGACAGUUCUCUUGUUGGAACUGAUGUCCUCGAUCAGUUUUCCUUCGUACACGAGCCAAAUCAAGGAUUUAAAUUUUUAAGUGCAGCUGACGAG